AUGGAAAAUAUUGUACAGAGUGAUAUUGUUCUAUUAAGAGGUGCUGAUGUAUAGGGGAUAGAGAAUUUUGAAAUUAUUAAUUAAGCUGGUAGCAUUAUUAAAUGGGACAAUUAAAAGGAUUUAUAUUCAGUUAAGAUCAUUUAAGAAUUAGAAGACAACAGAAAUUUGAAUGUUAUAGAGUAUUAUAUACAGAUUUCUCUUUAAAAAUUAUAACAUAAACAAUAAAUUAGGUUUAGUUAUCAAAUAAAGUGUGAUAUGAGACCAAACUAGCAAACAGCCUUAUCAAAUCUAAAUAGCAAUACUUUUCUAAGAUGA